UGCGCUUGGAGGAUCAUCUGCCCUUCACAUCCCAGCCUUUCCUGGUGGAGGUUGUCUUAUUGACUAUGUACCCCAAGUAUGCCAGCUGCUAACAAACAAGGUACAAUAUGUUAUUCAGGGAUACCAUAAGAGAAGAGAGUAUAUCGCAGCUUUCCUGAGUCACUUUGGAACUGGUGUGGUGGAAUAUGAUGCAGAAGGCUUCACAAAGCUUACUCUGUUGCUGAUGUGGAAAGAUUUUUGCUUCCUUGUUCACAUUGACCUGCCCCUCUACUUUCCUCGAGACCAACCAACCCUAACGUUUCAGUCCGUCUACCACUUCACUAACAGUGGCCAGCUGUACUCCCAGGCCCAGAAGAAUUACCCUUACAGCCCCCGCUGGGAUGGCAAUGAAAUGGCCAAGAGAGCAAAGGCAUAUUUCAAAACAUUUGUUCCUCAGUUCCAGGAGGCAGCGUUUGCUAAUGGGAAGCUUUAGGCAGCCCCGGGCACGGAGAUGAUACUGGACAGAUCCUUCAGUCUGCGUGUGUCAGCCCACAAGAAGAAGGCCUGGAAAUGGGUUGGACUGUCUUGAUAGGUGCUUUGUUGCCUCUGAAAUGGUUUUGGUAGCUUCAGUUUUUGUCAGAUUUCUGAAACAAAGACCUCACUAGCAUGCUUAAAACUGAGUAUUUGGUAUUCAUCCUGUCCCUUUGCCUCUGCCACCACCAUUCCUUUAUAUAUCCACUGGAUUAAAUUUAAAAGAGCGUGUUUUGAUGUGAUAACAUUUUCUUGUGCCAACAAUGUCCUGUAUGUUAUGCCUUGUUUCCUUGUCUUUAGAUGGUGUAAAUUGGAUUUUUUUUUUUUCCCAUGGAAAUACUACGUAAUUUGUAUAUUUAGUUAACAUUUCCAGCUUAUCCUAAGAAAAUAUAAAAUUACCGUAUGUCCGUAUUUACCAUGAAGGCCUAAUGGACUGUACAGUGCCAUAUUCUGCCUUGGAGGCUUGGAUCUCACUGUGGUUGUUAUUCUCACAGGUAUGGAUAUGAGUUGCACAGUUCAAUUCUCAGUGCCUUUCAGGUUGGUCUGAUAUUAAUAUAGCAGGGUGUUGGAGGGUUUUUUUUAAUAUUUCAGUUGAAAACUCAUCUUAUAUAAAUGCUAUUUUAUGCUUUGUUUUUAUU